AGUUGAGGCCGGGUACUGGGCUAGUGGUAGGCAGAGAUAGAGAUCAGAAAGACAUGGAGGUAGUUGAAGUGCUCCACAUGAAUGGAGGUAUUGGGCACACCAGUUAUGCCAACAACUCUCUUCUUCAGCAAAACGUGAUACUAAGGGCAAAGCCGAUAACAGAUGAAGCAAUAAGAAGCCUCUACGCCAACCUUAAUCCUAAGAACAUCUGCAUUGCCGACCUGGGCUGUUCUUCCGGCCCCAACACUUUCUUGGCCGUCUCUAACCUCGUGAAAGCUGUCGAAAAUCAACGUAAGAAGCUUGGGCGCCGACAGUCUCCGGAGUUCCAGAUUUACUUAAAUGACCUUCCCUCCAAUGACUUCAACACCAUUUUCCGGUCCUUGCCAAAGCACCAAGAGGAUUUUAGGAGAGAGAUGGGAGAUGGGUUUGGGGUACCCUUCUUCAAUGCAGUUGCUGGCUCUUUUUAUGGGAGGCUUUUCCCUACUGAUAGCCUCCAUUUCGUUCACUCUUCAUUCACUCUCCAUUGGCUAUCUCAGGUACCUCAAGGACUGGAAGGAAAUAAGGGCAACAUUUGCAUGGCAACUACAAGUCCACUAAAUGUGAUAAAAGCUUACUAUAAUCAAUUCAAUAAUGAUUUUUCAAUCUUUCUCAAGUGUCGCUCAAAAGAAUUAGUAAAAGGUGGGAAAAUGGUUUUGACCAUUAUGGGCAGAAAAAAUGACAACCCUACUUUCCACCUUAUGGAACUCUUAGCCAGGGCCCUUAAUGAUCUUGUUGCAGAGGGUUUUGUGGAGGAAGAGAAACUAAAUUCAUUCAAUACUCCUGUGUAUACACCAUCUCUAGCAGAAGUGAAAUCCCUAGUUGAAAAUGAUGGUUCUUUUACUAUUGAAUGCUUGGAGACUUUCCAAAUUCAUUGGACUGGAGAUGAAUAUGAUAAUGAUGAUAAUAUCAUUGGUAACAACAAUAAUGCUGCAUAUAAGGUUGCUAGGGGCUUGAGGGCUGUUAUUGAGCCUGUACUUGUCAGCCACUUUGGUGAAGGAAUAAUUGAAGAGGUGUUCCAGAGAUACAGAAAGAUGAUUGCUGAUUCCAUGUCCAGAGAGAAGACAGAGUACACCAAUUUUGUUAUCUCUUUGAUUAAAAAGUAAUUCUAUUCUUGAUGUAUAAUAAUGCAUACUUGGUUAUAUAUGUAGAAUAUACUACAUAGACCAUGCCAACAAGUUAUUUACUACUUGCUUUUGGUGUUUCAUUCUCUCUUAUGAAACAAGUUUUAUUUUU